CACAGGAUCGAGGACAAAAACAAUCGGCAUCUCGCCGUCCUCAUAAAACAUAAACAAGAAGACUCAAACGAAUCAGUGUAUCCUUUUUAAGCGGCACGGACAGCACCGAGGGAGAAAUGGUUUCUCCAGUAACAGUGGUCAAGAGUGAAGGCCCUAAAUUGGUGCCAUUCUUCAAAGCGACCUGUGUAUACUUUGUCCUGUGGCUGCCCACCUCAAGCCCAUCUUGGUUCAGCGCCUUGAUCAAAUGCCUGCCCAUCUUCUGCCUGUGGGUGUUUUUGCUGGCUCAUGGCUUCACCUUUCUCUGUGCUCACUCCAGUGCCCGCAAGAUCUUGGCUGGCCUAAUCUUUUCUGCUCUGGGUGAUGCCUUUCUCAUCUGGCAGGAGCAGGGCUACUUUGUCCAUGGCCUUCUGAUGUUUGCCAUUACCCAUAUACUCUACUCUUCUGCUUUUGGGAUGAAGCCCAUUAAUGUGCGUGCUGGGCUGGUGAUCACUGCUGUAUCCUUUCUGUGCUAUAUCCUGCUGUACCCCUACCUCUCUGGCCCCUUCACCUACUUGGUGGCCGUCUACAUCGCCCUAAUCGGUUUCAUGGGCUGGAGGGCCAUCGCAGGUUUGCAGCUGGCGAAUGACCUGUGGACCUGGACCAAGUUGUCUGCCUGCCUGGGUGCCGUGCUCUUCAUGGUCUCCGACCUCACCAUUGCAGUCAACAAGUUCUGCUUCCCGGUGCCCCAUUCGCGAGCCAUCAUCAUGGCCACCUACUACGCUGCGCAGAUGCUCAUAGCACUGUCAGCUGUUGAGUGCCAGGACGUGGAGGUGGCCAGGAAGAGAACAUGAGUUGCAGAAAUCUCCAAACCAUGUGAUUAUGGACACAUCUCACUGCCAGGUUCCCAGUCCCCAGCCUUCAUCUCAGUGUGGUGCUCAAACACCGCUGGGCCACUACAGCCUUUGCAUCACCCUUCUGCCCCAUUAGCGUUGUAAUCUCACAUGUGUCCUCUAACCAAGAAGAUACAGUAGUAUUAUCUUCUGCCUCACCCGACAACAGUCCUACCUGCCUCCUCUAAAGAUAGAAUGGCUUUCAACCUAGUUACAAAGGUGAUAAGUGCAGUAAUAUUAACCUGCUAUGUAGAGAGUAUUACAUACUUUUAACUGACUAAUGGAAGCAUGUCACUGGGCACCUUCAAGGAGUGUGUAUGGGAGAGCAAUGGGGUCUGUGUGCGUUGAUGUAUUUGAUUUUUACCUCGCUUGGCACACAGUCCUUUCACACACCUCACACUCCCUGCACAGACGUAUGCUUUAUGUUGUCCAGCAUUACUAUUUAACAUUUAGUUUGUUAUUUGUUGUUGUUAAAAAGGGAGUUUUUUUAAUACCGACGUAUACAUAUUUUUUUUCCAUUCUCUGUUGCUCUGUGUUCCCCUUAAUUAAGGGUGCUAUUCUAAAAGCUUGUCCAAACCUGUUUUCGUUAUCUGCGAUCCCCUUGAUAUUAUUUAUAACAAUCCUGCUCCUCUACACUUUCAUAAGUCAUCAUCGACGUAUUUUUUAAAGUAUUUUUUCUUCUACGAUGUCCUCGAAUAACUAGACGCACAGCUUAAAAAAUGAUAAAAAGUAAACCAAUAAGGCUGAAAUUCAGGGAGGGAAAUUUGGGUGUCAACAAACCAGUGUGUACUGGAAGUUUCAUGACUGAACAUUUAUGUUGGAUGGGGAAGAAGUUUAGCUUUCUCCUGAGAUUCACACUGCUGUCAGUGUCCCGCUGUCACAAGGAGAACACACUAAAUACUAUAGACACAGCAGACUACUGCAUAUUAUUACUUGCUGUGUAGUGUGCACCUGCUUCUCCUUUUGGUGUUAAGUCCACCAGGAAUUUGUUUUCCCCACCAGCAGCUUUUUAAGAAGCGCAGGUGCAAAUGUUACCACGUACACACACCUGACACCCACAGCUCCUGCUGUGUUAGUUAUUGGAAAAAGUUCAUGGGGCUCUUAUUACUAGAAUGGAUCAGCUGACAUGCGCUUAUUUGGCCUAAUAGCAAUGUUAUGAUGACUGAAAAGAAGGGCUAUGUUACAGGAUGGAAUCUUUUUGUUUAUCAACUCUGUGUGUGUCUGUCAGGGCCCUGGGAAAGGGCUCGCUCGCUCAUAAUGAAAUGCACACAUACAUGCACAAAAGUGUGCGCUUUGUCCUUAAGGCAGCCAAAACGAACUGAAAAACCAAAAUGGAAAAAAAAAUGGGGAAGACAAGGGAACUGGCAUGUCAUGUGAGGAAACAGUUAUCCCAUUAUUCCCAAUAAUUCCCUCUCACAGGACACUUCAUCAGCUUUAAUCCUGCAAAAUCCGCCACAGCUAAUCCCUAACAGGCUGGCUCCUAUUUUGUCUUUCAUCUCUUGCAUAUUUCUGCUUCUCACCUCUCGUUUGUUUUGUCCCCUGCAAAUUUUUUUUAUUUUAAAACUAAGUGUCUUACUGAAUAUUUAAGAAUUACACUGCAACUUUUUCUUCAGAUGUCUACACUUGCGCGUGUUUUUGAGCGUCUGCAUAUGUGUGAGAGUGCGUACACUGCUUUUUUUUUUCUUCUUAGCUGUUGCUUGAACGUCUGUGUGUUCUUGUGGCAAAUCAGAACCAACUCAAGGCCCGAAAUGCUGUGAACCAACAGAGUUUCUAUGAAGUACACACACUACUGGAUAUUUUUAUUGUAUUAUCACAAUGCUCUUAAAACCAUCUUCAUGCCCGUCGCCUCUUCAGAACUGCAGCUUUGUAACAGACUGCAGGUCUACUGUCAGUUAAGAACUUUAGGCUAGUGUUUUAAUAGUGACAAUUUCCAUUGCUGGACAUGCCUCCUGUUUAUAUGCUGGUGGAGAAAAAUUUAAAUUAUUAAUCACUGUUAAACAUGACAGUGGAACAUAUUUAGCGCAAUAGUUUAAUAAUGAAACUCUCAGAUGUGAUGCUGUAUAUAUGUUGUUUAUGAAGCAACCGUGGAAAAUUACAAGCCCAUGUUAUGGGUUUCUUCUGCUGGGUCAUUGACCCCAACAGCAGUCAGCAGCUACAUGCGCACAAAAAGAAAAACCAUACCACAAAAAACCCCACACACAUUCAAACACUUCAAAAGGUGUUUAGGCAUCACCUUAGCCACCAUGACAGAUCUGCAGGCAGACAAUGGUGUUGACUGUCAUCAAGGUUUUUAUCAAAAUCAGUAUCACAGUUUUGCUUUGACCGAGAAAGACACUUGGCACAAGUGGCUAUUCUUGACUACUGCUUUGCCAGAAAGUUCCUCAAUAUUCUUUCAGUCUGUCACUGUGCUUGUCAGCACAAUGUUUCUGCUUUGUCAGUCAGAAAUGUUCCAUCAGUCUGGCCGUGUGACCACUUUUCUGUUGCGUGUUUUAAUUUGUCCUCCCAGCACUGCAGACUUUGACUCUGCAGUUCUCUCCCUGUUUUCAUCACCGAUGGAGCACGUUCUGUCAACAAUUAAUAUCGGCCGCCUUUGUGCUGAAAGCCGUUCACUGAAGCUUGAUAGCAGUCUUAAUAGAAAGUGGAGUGCAAGUAGAGAUGCUAGCCAACACAGACUCUAGUACAUGGCCUCAAGUAAAACCAUGCAGGGAUGGCAGGACUUAGUCAAGCAGUCUUACUCAUCCUUACUAUGUGGGCAAUUUCUGUGGGCACCUCCUUCUUUGUCCUUUGCUACACAAAGCCUCCUGACUGUUGUUCCUACAGUACAGAGCAUUUAUUUUUGAGAUAUUUUUUCUUGG